AUGUCACAUGAGGAUAUUUAAAUAAAAUAAUGCCUCAUCGAGUAGGAACAUUCUUUAUUACAAAACAUUUGCAUUACGCCGGGGCUUAAUGUGUUCACAUGUGUUUGCCACGGCUCGUUACCGUGACUAACGGAAGAUUGUCUGAGGCGUGCAGUGGCUUCCGGUUAAUCUCAGUGUGAGUGAUCCCAGCAUGGACAACGUCAACAUGUCAGCCUCAUGUGGGACAGCAGAGGACAUGGAGGGGAUCUGUGUAAUGCCGGAUUUGAGUGUCAUCAAGACUGAGCAAUCGAUGGGUGCAUGCCCAGAUGACACAGGCACCCAAAAUGUGGCCAUGGGCAUCAAGUUCAUUUUGCCAAACCGCUUUGACAUGAAUGUUUGCUCAAGAUUUGUCAAGUCGCUCAACGAGGAGGACAGCAAGAACAUCCAGGACCAGGUGAACUCUGAUCUGGAGGUGGCUUCUGUUUUAUUCAAAGCUGAGUGCAACAUCCAGACCUCACCUUCCCCGGGUAUACAAGUUCGCCAUGUUUACACGCCGUCCACCACCAAACAUUUCUCACCCAUCAAACAGUCCACCACACUCACCAAUAAACACCGUGGCAAUGAGGUUUCUUCCACACCUCUUUUGGUGCAUUCGUUGUCCAUUCAUCAGCUUGCAGCCCAGGGUGAAAUGGUGUUUUUGGCCAGCAGGAUUGAACAAGAGACUGUGAUCAACCUCCAAGAUGAAGAAGGCUUUACCCCUCUGAUGUGGGCAGCUGCACAUGGACAAAUCGCCGUCGUUGAGUUUCUGCUCCAAAAUGGUGCUGACCCCAACCUCCUGGCCAAAGGGAGGGAGAGCGCUCUGUCCUUGGCCUGCAGUAAAGGAUACACUGAUAUUGUGAAGAUGCUCAUUGACUGUGGUGUUGAUGUCAAUGAAUAUGACUGGAAUGGAGGCGCCCCUCUGCUGUACGCUGUCCACGGGAACCACGUGCGCUGUGUCGAAAUCUUGUUAGAGAGCGGUGCUGAUCCGACCAUUGAGUCGGAUUCUGGAUUCAAUGCAAUGGACAUGGCUGUGGCUAUGGGCCACCGGAAUGUUCAACAGGUGAUGGAGGCACACUUACUGAAGUUACUGAUGGGAAUCAGAGAAUGAACUGUGAGGAAAACAAACACCGACGGGACGACGCACAGGCUGUCGGCCGACAGGAAUACUUUGUUCCAUUUAGGUGAUGCACAUGAAAGUGUGUUUUGAAUUUGAACCCUCUUUCAAACGGUUUUUACUCUUUGUCACAUUGAAUGCAGAGUAAUAAUUCUGAUCUUAAAGAACUAAAUUGUAAAGUUGCAGUUUUCCUCUGCGCUCCACCUGCAGUAUCCAGAAUGUGCCGAGUCAUGCAGGAUUGAUUUCUGCUCUCUCAGCUCGGAGGUUUUAGUUUUGAGUCUUAUGAUCGUAUGACAUCAUCACGUGCCAUCGGCUGUUCCAUCCGUUUCCUGUUAUGUCAAGUGUUUUUUAAACUAAAUUAUAAUAAGAAACCGUUUAAGAGGGAAAGAUUAAUGCAAUGUGUUGACUUACCACAUGUUCCCCGUCUGCUCUUCAUAGCGAGCACAUUUCAGAGGCUCUUUUUUCUCUCAUGAAGACGUCAGUGUGUGGAUCGGGAAUACGUUCGUACGGACUGCACAUGGUACAGCCCGCUUUCAUGAUGCUGCCAAGCCGUUUGUUGAUCCUUAAGAUGUGUGUUGGUUGUACGGAGUUUAUUUAUUUGAAUAAUUUCGACAGUGUUGUGAUGUAAGUCUGUUUUGGUUUCUGUGAUACUGAUGUGUUGUGAAUUUUAAGACCUCACACUUUGUUUAAAUGUCCCACAAAGUUAGUGGUGCUGCUUGCCACUGUAUGAUGGUGCUUGUGUUUUUACACCAGUCAUAACUUGUGCUGACCUCAGCGUCACUCUGUACAGAUAUUUAUCUGAUUGCAAGUCGAAAAAAAGGUCAAACUGUUUAUAGUCACUGAAAUGAAGCUGUUAUUUAAUUAAAAGAUCUUUUUAAACUGCACUCAACAGUCAGUCAUGGGGAGAAAACACUUGAGUAGCUGAGUGCUGUACAUACAAGCAGGGGAGAAGUCACUGAAUUUAAAGCUGCAGGAUUAUACACUUGAGCCAAUAAUCUAAAAACAUGCAUGGCUUUGUUGUGAUUAUGCAUUUGUAAGCUAUACAUUAAGUGAAACCCUGCACCUGAUGAUGAAGGAGGCUGACCACUGCAGUAUUUCAGCUGUGGAAAAGAAAGAAGACAUUUUGGCUAUUUGACAGUAGCAAAGAUUUAUUCCAGAUAUGGUGGUUUGAGCGAGGCCACAAAGAAUUAAAGUUCAGUAACAGAGGAAAAAGAUGUACAGCAGGAGCAUUAAACACAACAUUCUACACACUCACGGGACAAACAGACCACAACAAGCAUUUGGAGUCUGGUGGAAAAGAAGAAGUGGAAUGAGUACUUAAAUACUGCUACCCCCUGUUUUUAAUACUUAAGAGUACUAUUCUAGAAAAGGACUCAAAAGUAGGCUAGUACUUUGUUCAGGUGUUGCACAUUUUUACAGACAACUCGCAGCCAAAAGUUGAUAGAACUUUAUUCGCUUUCCACUUCUCAAAACAGACAGAAAAACAUCUUGUGCCUCACAUGGUCCUGUCACGUUUUGACACUUCAGGGUCCCAUUUCCUCUAGUUAGCCUCAUCCUUGGAUG